AUGUAUGUUGGUGUGUACGUAGCCGGUCCUCCGAGGACGAAGGAAAUCGAGGGGGACAAAAGCAGCCUCGCGUAUCAGCGAACGGAACGGGAGGCCUUGAGGAAGAGCAUCAACGGACUCCUGAACAAAGUGAACGAGGCGAACAUCAAGAACAUCAUCCCGGAGCUCUUCUCCGAGAAUCUGAUACGAGGCCGGGGGCUCUUCUGCCGAGCAUGCAUCAAGUCUCAGAUGGCGUCUCCAUGCUUCACCGAUGUAUUCGCCGCUCUGGCUUCUGUGGUCAACACAGAGUUCCCUGAAAUAGGACGUCUCCUCGUUGGGAGGAUCGUCCUAGUGCUGAAGAGGGCCUACAAACGCAGCGACAAGCCUCAGCUCGUUGCGGCCCUCAAGUUCAUAGCUCACCUGGUGAAGCAGCAGGUGGUUGAUGAGCUUAUUGCCCUUGAGCUGCUGGAGAAUCCCACCCGUGAUAGUGCUGAGGUUGCUGUUGCCUUUGUUACCAAAUGUGGAUCUUUCCUCGUGCUGCAGGACCAUCACCGUGUUGCAGCCAGCGCACAACCUACUCCCGCUACUAUGCACUUGUUGCCCAGAGGUUGUGUCUCAUCAACAAACUCCAUCAGGACAACUUCCACAAAUGUUUUGCCCUACACUAUUCUACUGUCCACCGUCUCGACACCAUCAAACUAUCCAACCUCGCUAAGUUCUAUGCACAUUUGAUUGCCACCGAUGCCUUGCCCUGGCGUGUUUUGGCCCUCAUAUCCCUCACCGAACAAGACACCACCUCUUCUUCUCGUAUAUUCAUCAAAGUUCUCUUCCUUGAACUGUCCGAACAACUCGGUCUUUCCUUGCUUGAUCAACGUCUCUUGCAACACUCCAUUUUCCCCAAGGACGGCCAUCCCAAAAACACAAGGUUUGCUGUUAACUUCUUCACUUCCAUUGGCCUUGGUGGCCUCACACAACACCUGCGGGACUAUCUCAAUCUCACCAACAAGCCCAAGUCCUUAUCCCGUGUUUCUGGAACCGAAUCCGGCCAUCCCAACAAGAGGAUCAGAAGCAACUAGUGUAGUAUUCAUUUGAUUGACAAUUAUAAACACAGUGUGUUUUUUUUUAAUCACUUUUGCAAUAAAAGUUAUUUUCAAUGCAGAAUCAGUAGCAUUCCAGCAACUUAUGGAUAAGAUAAUCCAA